UCUUGGAAGUUUUAAAAAUGCACCGAACCACAUAAAACGUAGGUCGGAAUGGUUUGUGGCCGCUGGAUUUCUAUAUACUGGAAACAAUAAUGAAGUGCAUUGUGAGACUUGUGAAACAACAGUGAACGUUUCCGAUGACAACAUCGACCCAUGGGAUUCUCAUCAGAGCGCAUCUCGGGAUUGUCUUUACUUGAAAAUAAUGACAAAGUGCAAACCUGGUCAAUCUACACCGACCCACGUGGAAAAGAUAUCUAAUCUUACUGAGUCUCUAUCACUUGUUGUCAAAUCCUACAACAAGGCCCCGGAAUCAUUGAAGGCGAUCGCACCAAGAUUAAUUGCGUUGGGGUUUCACUACACCGGACGGGGAGACCAAAUAAAAUGUUGCAGUUGUAAAGAGAUUUUCGAAAAUUUCGGCCCGGAUAUGGAUCCUUGGAAGUGGCACUUAAAUUCAAAACCAGAUUGUGAAUAUGUUCAACUAGUGCAAAAAUAUGCAUUAAUUAACAACUCAGGUAGUCAAGACUUGUUAGCGAAAGUUGCAUCUUAUGAGAAAUCUCCCAAUGUUUUAAGGAGAAAAUCGGGACAAUAUGCAGUAGCAGGAUUUUUCUACACAGGCUGCUCCGAUCAAGUGUAUUGCUGUAGCUGUAACUCAAUACUAUCCGAAAUAACAGAAGUCACUAACCCUUGGAGGGAACAUAUUAAACUCAAUCCAGAUUGUGAGUACAUGCGUGUUGUCCAAAAGCACGGAAUUAUGGAUGCUAUGCACCAACAAAAUUUGCCUAUGGAUCUCGAAUCAUAUAACGAAGCGCCGACAAUGCUGAAGAAAGCAGCUCGAAGGUACGCCAUGGCUGGUUUCCGAUACACUGGAAUCGAAGACCAAGUAUUGUGCCAUACUUGCGGUAUAACCAUUUCCGGAUGGAGUGCACUCGAUGAUUCCUGGCGAAAGCACGUUGCAAAUGCUCCACAUUGCAAAUACGUUGAGAUUCUACAAAAGCACAAAUUGAUGGAUUUAACCAAUCAAGACUUACUCAGAAAUCUAACAUCCUUUGAGUCGGCACCUAGGAAUUUAAGGAGAAUAAGAGCUGAACUCGCCAUGGCUGGUUUCUUCUACACAGGACAAGGGGAUAAUGUGCAAUGUUACAGCUGUGGGCUAUAUAAGUCCAAUCGGACACAUGGAGACAACCCUUGGAUGAAACACCUCGAAAACUCUCCAGAUUGCACAUAUGUUGCGACUUUCCAAAAGCAUGCAGCAGUGAAGAGGAUAAGGACAGAGAACAGCGAGAUAACUUUCGCCACCUGUAUUUUGCUUACUAACCCCCCUAACGUUUUAGAACCUGCAGUAUCACAUUCCGCUCCUUUCAAAUAA